CACGGCCUGCUGGGUCCUCCCUCCAGCCCCGCCUGUCGCGUCCGCCAGUACCGCCCACCCCUUUCCUGUUGCGGAGUUUGGUGGCAUUGAACGGGCCCGCGCGCUGUCACCGCCUGCGAGGCGCAGUCCGGUCGGCGGAGUAGGCGGCCAUGGGGAGCCUGCGCAGCCUGCGCUGGGCGGCGGGAAGCUAUUUUAGGUUAUUUGAAAGAGAUGCUUCCUCAUCUCUAAGACUUACCAGAAACUCUGAUUUGAAGAGAAUAAAUGGAUUUUGCACCAAACCACAAGAAAGUCCAAAAGCUCCACCCUACACUUACAGCCACAGAGUGCCAUUACACAAACCUACACAUUGGGAGAGGAAGAUCCUGAUAUGGUCAGGUCGCUUCAAAAAGGAAGAUGAAAUCCCAGAGACUGUCUCGUUUGAGAUGCUUGAUGCUGCAAAGAACAAGAUCCGGGUGAAGAUCAGCUAUGUAAUGAUUGCCCUGACAGUGGCCGGAUGUAUCUUGAUGGUUGUUGAGGGCAAGAAGGCUGUCAGAAGAAACGAGUCUUUAACAAGCCUGAACUUAGAAAAGAAAGCUCGCCUGAGAGAGGAAGCAGCUAUGAAGGCCAAAACAGAGUAGCAGAGGUAUCCAUGUUGGCUGGCUUUUGAAAAUGCAGGAAUAAUUUUGCAGCAAUUAGCCUGUUAUUAAGAAGAAUAUGGUAUGAGGAUCUGUUUCAUGAAAGUAUGGUUUACACAGACAUAAAUUUCUGCUGUAGUGGUACAAAUAAAUUUCCUUAAAAAAAUGACCUGUCUAUAUUUUUGUGGCUUUGAUCCAGGUUAAAUGCAGCCUUUCACCUUUUUGGAGAAAAAUCGGGCAAGUUAUUUAAACUUUAAUAUUAACUCUUCUUUAGAGAGAUGCCAUAUCUUACUUUAAUUUUCAUUACGAAAGUGAUUUCUCUACAGAAGCCAAAAUGGCUUCUAGUUCUGUAUUUCUCGCUCAUGUGUACUCAUUUCCAGAGGGAUAAGGAAAGCCAGCUCAGUAUACUGCCCAGGGGCAUCUUGGAGAGCUAACCUCCCCAAAUAUCAUGGUGCUUCUGAGAGCCCUGGGAAGCAGCUAGAUCACACUCUGCCAUCUUCAGGCAUGUUAAUAGAGGCUUGUAGAAGAGCAGUCUUGGAAAAGGUCCUGGGAAGGUGAUGAGAAUGGUCUGGUCAUGAGUUUCUGAGGACUCUGAAAUCCCAGCACCAUAAAGUUGCUUUGGGGCCAGCAGUCACCUCUUCUGCUGCAUGGCUUAGAGUUCACAAUUGGUCCUUUUCCUUUUGCCUUUACACUAAAUUUCUCAAUUACGAAAAUCUAUCAAAUGCAUAUUCUUAUUUAUUAGUGUUGAAAGAUAAGCAUGUGCAUCCAGGAUGUAUUUCAUUUACACUUUACGAUGCCAGCUGUCUCAUAUUUAGGUAUGGAUGCUGGUAUUUCAUAUAUUCUCACGUUUCAUAGUAUUAAUGGAUGACAUGAAUGACAAGUCCUCACAGCCAUCCCAACCUGCUAGUUGUCUCUAGAGGAUUGUAACAGAAAGUAAUAUAUGCAGCUGUAUUGGAACUUGAUUUAACAAAAUACUAAGUAAAAUGUAAUGCACCAAAUAUAAUUUCAUGAUCUGA